AUUUUUAUUUAUUGUUAUUCUCGUCAUUGUGGUUGUUGUUGGCUUGCGCUUUCUGACAGUUUGCAUUCGUCCUCCGCUUUGCGAUCUGCCUUCUUGAAUGCCACUGCGGGGGCGCGCGUUCGUCCUCACACAAGAGGCCGUCGCGGCGCAUGGCUUGUUUGGCGGCCUGCCAGACUCCGGGCUGUCAAUCCUGCCAUCACAGUCCUCCUCUCUGGCGUUGCAGCUCCCGGCCGACGUCCCGCUCGUCACUGCGUCUGGAAGCCAUGCUGUCGUUGCUGGCGCUGGCAAUGGAAGCAGCGGCGUGUCUGCUCCGGCGUCGUCCUCGGACUGGCGGCAACAAGAUCCGCAAGCGGGUCAAGCCACCACUUCACACUCACUACCGUCCACCGCACAAGAGAGACACUCGAGAGGCAGCAACAGCAGCAACUCGUCGAUCGAACGCUCUACAUUUCUGCAGCGCGUCUUUGUCCUUCACCGCGUCCCGUCCGUCGUCAACGUCGUUGUGAGUUCACUGCCGACCAAAUUUGGGGCGCCGCUGACGGACGUAACAGUGCUGGCCUCGACUCAGCCGGGAAACAUCACCGGAAGACAAAUAUUUGACACUGCUGCGCGAUUACUCGGCAUUCGAGAGGUGUGCUUCUUUGGCCUCGCGUAUCAGGCCAUGGACGGCGCACCAGCCUGGGUCACGCUGGACAAGCGGAUUCGAAAGCAUGAUGUGCUGCGCAUGGACAAGUCCGACCCUGCGGCGCCGUACCAGCUCCGAAUGCGCUUCAAAUUCUUCCCAGAGGAUGCGGUUGAGCAGGUGAUUCUCGAUCGCACACGACACUACUUGGUCUUGCAGCUGCACGAGAGCAUCUGCAGCAGCCAGCUCUACUGUCCCGCCGAAAUGUGCGUCCUGUUAGCGUCCUACUAUGUGCAAGCCAAGCAUGGCGACUACAACUCGCGCGUGCACGUCCCUGGGUUUCUUUCCGGCGACACGCUCAUGCCGCAGCGCGUCAAGAGCCAGUACAACAUGACGGAUGCAAUGUGGGAGGAGCGCAUCCUCGCGUGCCACGCCGAGCACCAGGGCAUGUCCUUGGAGGAAGCUCUCGUCGAGUACCUCAAGAUUGCCCAAGACCUCGAAAUGUUUGGCGUCGAGUUCUUCCCCAUCAAAAACAAGAAGGGCACGGAUGUCUGGCUCGGGAUUGAUGCGCGUGGCCUCAGCAUUUACGAGCUCAACGACAAGCUCAAUCCAAAGAUUGCCUUUCCCUGGAGCGAGAUUCAGCAAGUUGGCUAUGUGGACACGCAGUUCAUCAUCACUGUCAACGAUCGACGCUCGCCAGAUGUCGUGCUGAUUGUGCCGAGCAAGCGCAUCAACAAGCGCAUCACGCACAUGUGUCUCGGCAAUUACCAAAUGUAUCUCCGAGGGCGCGCCAAUGCGACGCUGGAGCACGAGCUCUUCCAGGCGGAGGCACAGCACGAGCGCCUGCGACGGGAGACGCAAAAGCAGCGUCUCCUUCUCGAACGGAGCGCCCGUGUCGAGGCCGAGCGAGCGCGAUACGAGCUUGAGCUGCGCUUGCAGCAGGCGGAAGAGCACGCAAAGCAGUGGGAGUACGCCUUCCGUCGGUCGGAGGAAACCGCCGAGCUCAUGUUUGAAAAGGCGACCAUUGCCGAAGAGGAGGCCAGGCUUCUCAUGCGCAAGGCCCUUGAGGCUGAAGAGACGAAAAUGCGAAUCAUGAAAACAGCCGUGCGCACGGCCGAGGAAAAGGCCGAGAUGGGUCGCAAAGCCAAGGAGGCCGAAGAGGUGGCUGCCCGUCUCGCGUUUCAAGCCAAGCGUGCGGAAGCCCAAGCUGUGCAACUUCGUUCGCAGUUGCUCUUUCAACAGCAACAACGGCUGAAUCAAGGCGCUGCCCCAUCCACGCCUGUCGGGACUACCACCGGUGCAAGCGCAUCUGCUGGCGGCGGUCGAUUUGUCCCUCAUGGCAGCAGCAGCAGCAGCAGCAGCAACAGCAAGUCUCCAGCUCCGGCGCACACGCUUUACUCGCCUACAGUGCCCGCUUCCGGCAGCAGCCAUGCUCGACCCUCCAAAGACACGAGUCCAAUCCCCAACACGUAUUCCAACACGACAAUGCAAAGCACCUCCUCGUCUUCGUCGGCGUCGUCGCUGCACGGCACUGCUCAUCACCCGUUGCACCUGACCCCUGCUCAGCACCAUGCCCAGAUGCGGCAAUCCAACUCACACCACACCAUAGACCCGGCCACUGCUGGGCGCGGGCAGCACUCUGCACUUGGCACAGUCGCAGCGUCUGCACCCAAUGUGUUUGCCUACACGAGCCAUUCACCCGUGCCCAUGCCGGUCCAAUCCCAUCACCCCGAACCAAGAAUGGGCCGGCAGUCCUCCGAAGUAUUUACCACGUCCAUCGCAACCCUCCCCUCGCUCAAUUCCAGCGGUUCCGAAACCGCCAUCUCACAGUUAACGCGCCGCGACAGUGGCAAUUCGGCACGCUCGGCGCAUGGAGGCGCCGGCCUCGCCCCACCCAAUGGACUUGCACCUGAUAAUCGCAGCCUCAUUGCGCAAAACGGCUCGCCCACGACCCUUCGCCGCUCCAUGCACGCCUCUACCGCAGCAGCACGGCUGUCUAUACCUUCCUUCGACAGCUCGACGGGCGCCUCGCUGGCCUCCGAAGUGCACUCGGCGCGCAUGAGUUUGUCGAAUGUGCAAUUUUCACGCCAGCCGUCCUACCGACUCUCGAGCUAUGCUCCAGGGUCUCCUCACAGCGCAAACGGAGCUCAGGUGGAGACCUCGCUCGGCCAGUUGGGCCACGACGGCGCCGGCGGAGAUGCAGGUGCCGGGACUGGACUGCGCGAUGUGGACACUCGUCCGCCUGGCGACGCGUCGACCCAGCUGGCCUCCCAAAUCAAAAAGGAGCGGCGGGAGCACUUGGGCACAUCGAAAACGCUCCAAGUACAGUUGCGCUCGCUGAUUGCCGACAUCAUGCCGCUGCGUCGCACUGAAAUGGCAUCCGAGCUCGAUGAAAUCCACGAGAGCAACGUCCAGCUCGGCAAAACCAAGUACGCCACGCUCCGACUCAUCCGCAAAGGCACCACCCACGAUCGCAUCAACAAAUUCGAGAGCAUGUAGCGAUGGGUUGCCUGUUUUUGGAGUUUUCGUUUUUUUGUGAGUUUUCGUUUUUGUGAGUUUUGCGUGGCGCACUCGUAUCAUCUUAACAUUGAAAGCAACCAAUGCCACCAAAACCAGUAGCUUGAUGGUUGUGAAGCCUUCAAGUCUGCGACCCGA